AUGAGAUGUUUAUCUGAUAUUACACUAUACAAACACUACUUGAGUAGAAAGUGUGCUUUGCUUAAUCACCGCAGAUCAUCUCGAGCAAGCAGCAGCAGCACAUUAGUUUCAAACAGGUGUCCAUACAACUGCCCUCCUUUUUUGGAGGGGGUUGCUGAGCAUAGACUGGUUGCUGUUGUUGCUGGUAGUAACCUUGUUGAGGUGGACCCUGUUGGUAGUAGCCCUGUUGAGGUGGACCUUGCUGGUAAUUGCCUUGUGGAGGUCCCUGUUGGAAAUUUCCCUGCUGGUGAUUUCCUUGUUGGUAAUUUCCCUGAGGUGGUGGACCUUGUUGAUAGUAAUCCCUGUUCAUUCUGCCGUUUUGAAGCUCUUUCCAAGGACUGGUUGCCUAAAGGUUUGUUUAUUGUAGGCUUGGCGUGUUUAAUUACUAAAAAAAUCUGGGCAUACAUACCCUCGAAGUUCUCUGGUGGAAACAAAACAAUAAAUAAACAAAAGAAAAAUCUGAUCUUUGUAAAACUGUAA